AUGUCGCCCCGUCAACCCCCUUCAACCGAUCCUCGACGAGGUGAGCAGCGGCCUACGCUUCCGCCCAUCCGACAGUUAUUUGGAUCCGAACUGUCGCAAGGUGUCCCACCUCAGCAGUCACGUCAGCCGUCUGGUUCUCCUCAAAUCCCUUUGCAUCGUCUCGCCCUGGAGGACGAUCGGCGAUACAGGCCUCGUUCUCCCGACCCGCGAGGACAUCUACCGUCUUCACAGGUCUAUCCCGCGGGACACGGUGCCUCCCGAUUGUCUAACACUCCUUAUCCUGGCAGCACCCCCAGCGCCACCCAGCACCCGCCGGGUUAUGGGGUGCAUCAUCUUUCUCAGCAGCAUCCUCAGGCAGGGCACGUUCCUAGUUCACAGUACGCAUCGCAAGCGCAAAGCGGUCACAUCAUGCCGAGCGGAAAUUAUCCUUAUCCCGCAUCCCAGCCUCACUACGCAUCCGUGGCAGGCCCCUCAAGUUUAAGGCCUGGCGCCGAGAUGACUGUUGAGCGGUCUUCUUCCUCGAGAUACGAGUGCAGCUACUGCGGCAAAGGUUUUACCCGGCCCAGUAGCCUCAAGAUACACAUCAAUACUCACACUGGGGACAAACCGUACACAUGCCCGUUCGAAGGGUGCGGCCGGAGCUUCAGUGUCCAGAGCAACAUGCGCCGGCAUGCUCGAGUCCAUGAACGUGACAGCGGCUCCCAGCUUGACGCGGAAGAUGAGAGCCAGGAAGACGGCGAAGAUGGACACGAAGAUGGUGACAAGCCUGGGAGAAGUACUUAG